GCGCAGGACUCCUCUCUCUCCCGGAAGCGGAGCACCGAGCCCGCAAAGCCUGGGUGUGAGACAGCAGCGGUGGCAGACACCGCAGAAGCAAAGAGCACUGAGGCUCUUGCAUUCAGGUGGAGUACCAUGGACGAAGCUGGCAGCUCUGCGAGCGGCGGGGGCUUCCGCCCGGGCGUGGACAGCCUGGACGAACCGCCCAACAGCCGCAUCUUCCUUGUGAUCAGCAAGUACACGCCUGAGUCGGUGCUGAGGGAGCGCUUCUCGCCUUUUGGCGACAUCCAGGACAUCUGGGUGGUGCGGGACAAGCACACUAAGGAAUCCAAGGGCAUUGCUUUCGUCAAGUUCGCCCGCAGCUCACAGGCCUGCAGGGCCAUGGAGGAGAUGCAUGGCCAGUGCCUCGGCCCCAACGACACCAAGCCCAUCAAGGUUUUCAUUGCACAGUCCCGAUCAUCUGGAAGUCACCGAGAUGUUGAAGAUGAAGAACUUACAAGAAUCUUUGUUAUGAUACCAAAGUCCUACACAGAGGAAGAUCUGCGGGAAAAAUUUAAGGUGUAUGGAGAUAUCGAGUAUUGCAGCAUUAUUAAGAAUAAAGUCACUGGAGAAAGUAAAGGUUUGGGCUACGUACGAUACUUAAAACCAUCACAAGCUGCCCAAGCAAUAGAAAACUGUGAUCGAAGUUUUAGAGCAAUCUUGGCUGAACCUAAAAAUAAAGCAUCUGAAUCCUCUGAACAAGAUUAUUAUAGUAAUAUGAGGCAAGAGGCUUUGGGACAUGAACCUAGAGUAAAUAUGUUUCCAUUUGUUGGAGAACAACAAUCUGAAUUUUCAAGUUUUGACAAGAAUGACAGCCGAGGCCAGGAAGCAAUCUCCAAACGCUUGUCAGUUGUAUCAAGAGUUCCUUUCACUGAAGAACAGCUUUUCAGCAUUUUUGAUAUAGUACCAGGAUUGGAAUAUUGUGAAGUUCAACGAGAUCCUUAUUCAAAUUAUGGUCAUGGAGUGGUUCAGUAUUUUAAUGUAGCAUCAGCUAUUUAUGCAAAAUACAAAUUACAUGGAUUUCAGUACCCUCCUGGGAAUCGAAUAGGUGUUUCCUUCAUCGAUGAUGGAAGUAAUGCAACAGAUCUCCUUAGAAAAAUGGCAACACAGAUGGUAGCUGCACAGCUUGCAUCGAUGGUGUGGAAUAACCCAAGUCAGCAACAACUUAUGCAAUUUGGAGGAAGCUCUGGAUCACAGUUGCCUCAAAUCCAGACAGAUGUUGUACUUCCAUCAUGCAAAAAAAAAGCCCCUCCUGAAACUCCUGUGAAAGAAAGACUUUUUAUUGUGUUUAAUCCUCAUCCUUUACCUUUAGACGUAUUAGAAGAUAUAUUCUGUCGUUUUGGUAACCUGAUCGAAGUUUACCUUGUAUCAGGAAAAAAUGUGGGGUAUGCCAAGUAUGCCGAUAGAAUAAGUGCUAAUGAUGCCAUUGCCACUCUACAUGGAAAGAUUCUGAAUGGGGUGAGACUUAAAGUUAUGCUGGCAGAUUCGCCAAGAGAAGAGUCUAACAAACGGCAAAGAACUUACUGAUUCUUGAGAAACAGUAGCUCAAGAACACAUGGAUCCUGGGAACUGAAGUGGCCCUGAAGCUGCACUAUGUUGGAGUUUUCCUUGACUAAGAGAACCACACCUGGCAUUCACCUCGGUAGGGGAGUCAUAAAAGAUCCUGCCUCUGACCAGAAGAGUAUGAAUGACAAAGGUGACAUAACCAGCACAGAAAGAUGUCUUAGCCUCUGCACAUCAGCUGAUUUAGAAUACUUACAGAUGGGGGGCGCGGUGGGGGGGCGGCGCAGAAUGUUCUUUUCAGCUUCUUUGCCCUGAGAACUUUGAUCUUAUUGCAAGGAAGUCCCUUACCCUCUUCUACCCUAGAUCUGACGGACCUCCUGGGAUUUCCUGGGAAAAUGAAAUGAGUCUAACACCUUUGACCACCUGCUGGAUAUUAUAUCAGCACUUACUUGAGUAGACUGUGAAAGAACUGAAAGCAAUAUUCAGAGUGUGCCAGUUCUCUGCAGUUGGCCUAGAUAACCUCAUUGUGAAAUAAGUAACUAAAUGGGCAAAAGAUUUGAACAAGCACUUCACAAAAGAAGACCAAGAGGAGGGCAGGGUUUUUUGUUUGGGGAGUUUUAUUUAGUUUUGUUUUGGGGUUGUUUUGUUUUGGCAGAGGACAGGAGGAGUGGAUAGAUUCAUUUUGUAAAGAAAUAUUAAAAUAUUCUUUUUAAUUUGAUAGUUAAUUUAAGCUUAAGAAUCUUUUAAAACUCAGAAUGUUCAGCCAUAUUAGUCAUCAAUGAACUACUCAUUACCACUACAAUAAGCUACCCUAACAGUGGUAUGAACAGCAAGAAUUAAAAUGUUGACAAUACCAAGUACUGGUGACAGUGUGAAACAACAAGAACUGCUGAUGCAAAUUGGCUCAACCACUUGGGAAAAUGUUUGACAGUAUCUACUAAAGUUGAAUAUAUAUAUGCCUUCAACUCAGCAGUUCCACUUCUAAGCAUAUAUCCAACAACGAUGUGUACAUAUGUGUACCAAAAGACACAUACAAAAACAUUCUUGGUAUUAUUCAUAGUAGCCUCAAAGUGGAAACAACCCCAGUGUCCAUGAACAGAAUGCAUAUGACACUGUAUAGCAAGGAAAUGAGCUAAAUCUUGCCACACUUAACGAUUUGAAGGAAUCUCACAAAUAUAAUGUUGAACAAAAGCAACCAGCCAACAAAAGAUGUGCUGUAGGAUUCCCACUUACAGAGUUCAAAAACAAGCAAAACAUACCGUUGAGCAGACUGGAAUGGGGAAGUUCACAAAGGGAGUUAUGGUGUGCUGGUGGUCUUGUCUUUCUUGACCAGGAUGGGAUAACUGAUCGUUUUUGAGCUGUACUGUAUGGAGUAUGCAUUUUUUAUUUAUCUUAUACUUCAAUUAAAGUUUUUCUCUCUUAGUGAAUAAAGCAAAAAUCAGCAUGAGGCUGGUGAAACAGACAGUUCUGCAGAAUGAGAGAAGGGCAAUGUCCUGACGCAUUUAGAAAGAAGGACUUUGUUCUUCCAGUGCUUAUAGAACAAGAAAUAUUAGAAAAUAUCUGCUUUUGCUCCCCCUAUGGUGCAGCAGGUUAUUAUGAUGGCAAGAGGGCAGGAGAAUAAGAGUGAGAAAAGAAACGGAGAAGCUAAAUUAAUAUUUGUGUCAGAAAUAGUAAAUAGUCAUAGCACUAAAGAAAAUUGAAUCCAAGUGAAUACUAAACUACUUUUCAGAAUCCUGUGGGUUCUCAUGAGUCCACAAAGGGAAGAUAGACGGAAGUUCCCCCACUUCCUGUUCAUUAUCCAGAUCAGAACUGCUUUCAUCAAUGUUAUAUAUUGUGCUUUAAAAGCUUUCCUUUAAAGGAUUCUGCAGCUUAAAUAAGUUAGGAUGAACAAAAAGCACCAGAGCGAAAGACAAAAAUCACCCUCCGAUGUAUAUAGUAAGAGAAAAGGUGCAGAUCAAAAAGGCUGAUUACAGAGAUUUAUCCAUUGACUAAUAGAUGUUCCCAAUAAACAAUAAUUCAUUUUAAUAGAAAAAACAUCGUUGAUCUAAAAAAUUUUAAAAGGCACAAGACUGAAGAUCCUCUUCUACACAUUUUAAAUGCCAUCUGGAAUGGAGCAAUGUCUACAGUUUUGUAGCCCAAGAUUUCUCUACUCAUCCAAAUUGUAAAGGUAACAGACAUUCUGUGAUAUACAAUGUACUGCUCAUUUGCCCUUUCUGGAAAAAAAUUAAUCACCGCACUCCCAAAAUGAAUCAAAAUUAAGAAUAAAAGAAUAAGGAAAGAAAGGCCAGUCGGUGAGUAUUGAAAUCAUCAUGGAAACUAUUAGAAUAAUGAAAGUAAUUGUAAAUUUCAUUUUUAUAAAAAAGAGAUUUAUCAUAUGACUUAUCUAUUCUGAAAUUUUUCAGUGGGAUUUAUAACCCUAGGUUAAGUUAAUGAAGGCCAAGAAGGAAUGGCAGUUUCUUUUUUUGGGGAGACAGAGGCAGGUAAGGGGUAAAAUCCUUCUCUUUUGUAAAGAAAUAUUAAAAUUCAUUCGUUUUUUACUUUGAUAAUUAAAUGUAAGGUUAAGAAUCUUUUGAAAUCUGUUAAGGUGGUUAAUAAUAAAAUUAAUAACAGAAUGUCUUCUCUUCAAAUUCUUGAACAAUGCAAAAGUGAAAUUGUGUCUAUGAAAAAAGUAAAAAAAAAAAAAAAAAGCGCAUAAGACCAAAACUGUUUAAACUGUUUAAAUUCUAAAAACAAAAUGAAAUUGUUUCCUUCAUCCAAGAGACUUACCUUCAAAUCCAAUUCUGUCACACACACUUAACACAAAAAGUAUCUCAGAGUACAAUUUAAGGGGAAGUUAUAAAGCUAAAUAACAGAAGCAUAGUCACUGAUAAAAUUACAAUUAGUAGUGAAGAAAACAGACCCUGACACUUAUACGCAGGCUCGUAUAGGAUUAAAAUGUGAAAUUGCAAGUACUUUAUAUAUAUAUAAAUAUAUAAUAUAUAUACUUUUAUAUAUUAAAAUAUGAAAGUACAAAGUAUACUUUACAAUGGUGUAGAGAUUGUGAUGGAAACCUUAACAUGUUCCGUGAACCGUCACAACACAAAUCAAAUAUGGGGAGAAAUUAUCUGCAAGAAAUGAACAAUAAAGCAAAAUUUAUAUGUAUAGAAAAAAUAUAACUUUUCUCAAAUGGAAUAGUUUACAAAUCGAUCAGAAAGCAAUACCAAAUGACAAAAGCAGCAUAGAGGACCCAGAAAGAUCUCUUAGCUUUCUGCACAUCAGCUGAUUUAGAGUAUUUAUAGCAGGAUAAAAGAAACACCUCCAACAUGUUCUUUCCAGCCUCUCUGUUUGAAAUACUUUGGUCUGAUUGCAAGGACAUCUCUUACUCUCUUCUACCCUAAGCGUAGAUCCUGUCAGCCUCCUUAGAUUUCUGGAGGAAUGAAAUGGCUCUGACAUUCAGUGCCCACCUGCUGUAUAUUACUUCAGCAUCUGAAUGGCCUGUAAUAGCUGAAAGCAAUCCUUAGAGCCUGACAAUUUCCCUGCAGUGCAUUUUAAAAGGCAAAAGUUAUACAUGGUAAUAAAACUAAAAGAUUUUAAUAAUUAAAUCACAAUCAUGUGAAAAAUAAUUUAGAAGCCUCCUAAACUGUUUUUUCAAAAAGAUCCAGUAAAAUUGAGUGAAAACAAAAUGGCAAAUAAAAGGUAGAGGAUGUGUUUAAAGCUAUGCUGAAAGGCAAACUGAUAGCCACUAUUAUUUAGAACAUGAAAAUGAACUAAUAGACAUGUAACACAAGGGGAAAAAGUAACAAUAUGGAUAAUACUAGGAAUAACUCAGAAGAAAGCAAAUAGGCAACCUCCUGACAAAUGCAUUUUUUAAAAAAAUCAAAAUCAGAAAUAAUAAAGAUAAUGAAAAAUAGAUUAUUAAAAAUAAAUGUAUUUUAAUUGAAAUAUUUGCUAUGACAUAUUCAGUACACAAGUUUAGAAAACCCACUCAAGAAUUACAAAAUUCAAACAAGUCAAUAACCAAAGAAAAAAAUUAAUGUAGUAACCAAUGAAUUGUAUCUCCUCAAAAGAGUCCUGAUCACGCUAUGCAUUCUCCCAAACUUUUAAGAAGCACAUUAUGCCUGUGCUAUAUAAAUUUUCUCUGGUAGGCAGAAAAAGGUGAGUGUACACCACAUUAAAUUUUGUGCAGUUACUGUUACCCUGACACCAAAACAUUGAAAAGACAAAAAUUGUCUUUUCAAUUUUUGAAGUUACUGUUACCCUGGCACCAAAACAUUGAAAAGACAAAAAUUGUCUUUUCAAAGCUAUAAAUUGUUCUUUUACCUAGGAAUAUGGAUGCAAACAAACCUAAAUAAAAUAUUAGAAGUACAAAUCACGUGUUCAAAGAACAACAUACCAUUGCCAAGUAGGGUUUAUCCUUUGAUGAAAGAGCAGUUCCUAUUGCGGGGAAAAAAAACUGUUAAUACGUUUUUUUUUUCGGGGACAGUGUCUCACUUUGUUGCCCAGGCUGCUCUCGAACUCUAAUACGCAUCUCAAUAAAUCCACAAUGAGAUCUCUUUGCCCAAAUUGGUUACUUAUCCAUUCUUGUGAUCACAUGAAUGUCAUGGACUCUUUGGAUUAUUCAUGAUUAGUCUGAAACAAUCACUAACUGGAAGGAUGGGAUUAGUCUGGGUUGUUUAAAUGAAUCAGUGUCUAGCCUUGUUCCCAACUGCAUGACUGCAAUAUAACGGGGAAGGUAUGGAAAGCAUGUUGGUAAGGCAAACACAAUGUCUAAAACUGCUUCUUAGCUAGAUUUAUUGCCAGGCACUGGGCGAGUGGCUUUACAUAUAUCUCAAAACUCUAUGGUGUAAGUACUAUUUUUCCUAUUUUAUCAACAGGAAGCUGAAGUACAUUCAGAGAAAUAAAGUAACUUGCUCAAGUAACAGCCAGCAAAUGGGGAAGCUGGACUUCAGAUACAGGUGACUUAAAAUUGAUGCUCAUUCUCUUAACCACUACACUAAAUAUCACUGGCCAUAAUGAAGAUUACAGGUGCUACCACAUGCACACACUAAUCAAAAUUAUGUAACAACAAAUCCUUCCACAACUAUGGGAUAGAAUGGAAAUCAUGCUUACUAUUUAGAGAAAGCAAGCAGAAUACAAAAUUCCAUAUAAUGUAGUUAAUGAUUUUUUUUAAGCUAGAAUGAAUUUGCUAGAAUGAAUUUGAAAGAGCCAUAUGGGUGUAUUUGCUUUUCACUAUUUUCCAUUUUUCCUUAGUGAACAUUUGUACUUUAAAAAAAAAAAAA